GGUUUUGGGGCAGGCAGUUGCUUUUUGAUGACUUCAGGCAGCGUUUCCUAUUUCUCUCAUCCUUCCUUUAGAUCUCUUACCUUUUUUCCGGUGCACUGUCACUUUGAAAUCAUCUAACCCUUUGUUGGUUUAGAAAGCCUCUAAGCAUCCAAGAGCCUCGGGUCUUUUGUAGACAAACUUUUCUGGGGCUGUUGUUCAUCCUCUACAGAAAGAGAGGUUUUUGGGGCUGCCACUGAUCUCAGACGGCUAGUAGAAGUUGAAGGACUCUGGCUACUGGAACAUCUGGAGCUGACAGAUGAGUCCUGGGCUGAGGGAUUUGCCUUCUGUGAUGACCAAUAAGUGCUGAAGUCUGAUCUUUGCCUGAGCAGGCUGAUGGCAAUGUCUCACUGCCCUGGUCUCCUCUCCACAGCUGCUAAAGUCAACCUGCUGGUUUUAGUGAUCUCUGCAGUGUUUUCGUGGUCGGGCUUAAGUGACAGAGUUCCCGAGUUUGCCCUUACGAAAACAGAAGAGAGCGACAUAAAAGAUGACAGCGGGAAAGAGCCAGUAACAGAAGAUGAAGCUGAUCCUGAAGACUUAGAAGUGUUUUACCCAACACAUCAAUGGCAAACUCUCCAUCCAGGUCAAGCUGUUCCUGCAGGGUCACAUGUACGAUUAAAUCUGCAGACAGGAGAAAGAGAAGCCAAACUCUCAGACAGUGAAAAUGGAAAAAGUGGCAGGAGAGAAGAGAAAAGAAGAAAAAGGCUGGGCAAGGUGGAUAUUGACUCAAGUUCAUUCACAUCACAGGAGCUCAAAAAGGCUUUGGCUAAAAUGAAGGAAAGUGAGAAGAUGGAAAGAAUGGCCCACGAGGAAGAGGUGAGGAAGAAGUUCCGUCCCAUAGAGGAGCUGAAGGAGGAGUUUGAAAAGCUGAACGUGAAGUUGGAAACCGAUUAUGAAAUCAUGGUUAAAUUAAUUGGCAAAUUCAACAGCUCUGCUUCUACGCUGGAUGAAAAAGUAGCGGCGCUUUAUGAUCUUGAAUAUUAUGUUCAUCAGGUGGACAACGCUAAAGACUUCCUUUCCUUGGGUGGACUUCAGCUGGUGAUUAACGGAUUGAAUAGCACCGAGGCCGUGCUCAAGGAACAUGCCGCCUUCGUUCUGGGAGCUGCGCUGUCCAGCAACCCCAAAGUCCAGAUAGAAGCAAUCGAAGGGGGUGCGCUACAGAAGCUCCUGGUUACUUUGGCUACAGAACAACCCUUGGCUGUCAAGAAGAAGGCUCUCUUCGCCCUGUCCUCGAUGCUGAGACACUUCCCCUAUGCCCAGCAGCAGUUCCUCAAGCUUGGUGGCCUUCAGGUCCUCAGGAACCUCUUCAGGGAGAAAGGCAUGGAGGCCCUCUACAUCCGCGUGGUGACGCUCCUCUACGAUCUCAUCAUGGAGAAGGUGCUGCUUGAGGAAUCUCAGAACGGAGAUCAAAUGGAAGAGAAAAUUCAGCAGUACCAGCAAGUCAAGCUGGUGCCAGCAGUGGUUGAGCAGGACUGGUGUGUGAUUGUUUCCAACCUGUUGGCCAUGCCGGAGCAUGACACUCGGGAGAAGGUCCUCAAGACGGUGAGUGUGCUGAUGGCCUUCUGCAAGGAGCGCUACCAGGGUGACCAGACCCUUGGCACCACGCUCAGCCUGCUGCGCAGUGAGUACGAAGAGCUGGCAGCAGAGGAACAAAGGGAAGGUGACAAAGAUGGCUAUUUCAAGGAACUCCUUGGCUCUGUAAAUACCAUCAUUCAGGAAUUAAGAUCAGAAUAGGUGUAAUUUCACUUAAAUUUCAAGUAACUCCAGACAACAGCAUGAAUUUUGAUGGCACUUGUGUAAAUGCACUUUUGAAUAAACUGCUGGACUAAAUGAGAUCUCUCCACCAUGCAAGUGUCCCAGUAGCUUCUUGAUUAAAGCACAAGUGUUUGGGGGCA